AAACCCUUGUUUUUUCGCUCUGCAAUUCUAAAACCACAAACCCUUGUUGGUAACCCAGAGAAAACCAGCGAAUAUUUGGGAGAAAGAUUGCAUCUUUAAGAAAGAGGAGAGAGAAAGUAUGGUGAAACUAGAGAUAUCGCCUAUUUUGAAGAACUUGAAGUUUAUGCAAAGGGCAGCUCAGAAAGAGGAGAAACCUAAGAAGGAAGUGGAAGAACCCAAGCCAGAUGGGAAAUUUGUUUUCCCUAGUAAUGUUAAUAGAAAAUGUGUGGUCAUUAUGGAAGGAGACCCUCAUCCAGGGACUGUAAGAGGUCGCAUGUCAUUUCAGAACUUCAAUCCUUCUAUAGAUAAACUGAAGGAUGAGGCGGCUAAUGGUCAUGAAGCAGAAGCAUCAACAUCUUCCGGCUUUCAGACGGGAAGAAAUUUUGGCAGGGAAAAUGGCACACAAGAAGAGCUUACUGAAAUGAAUAUGGGUGACGAUAAUGGUGAUAGAGAACUCAAACGGAAAGAGUCUGAGGCAUUAUCUCAGAAAAGCCAUCCAAAAAAGCUGCAGAAAGAUAGUAAAGGUAAGAAACAGCCAUCCCCAAGUGAGAACAGUUCCGGCAAACAAUCAAAGCGUGAUAAACUGGACUACAAUGUGUUAGUUCCCCCAAAGUCUCAAAGCAAGAGAAGGGGAGGUUAGUCAAUUCUUUUUGACUGAUUGAUGUUUAGGGUGUUGUGUUGUCAGAUUGCGGAUUUGGAAUUUCAUAAAAGUUUGUUGUAUUCUUAGCAGUUGGUUUUGUCAAGGAAACUUUUAGUUGGAUGAUAGAUACAUAGAAAGCUUAUUCCUUGUAUGACAAGUUUGUGAUUUAGUGUUUAUGCUGCUGCCCUUUCUACUA